AUGUCUCUUCCAACUCGAUCCCUUGGCCGCAAUGGUCCGCAAGUCCCCGCAGUUGGCCUCGGACUUAUGAGCCUUGGCAGCAUUUAUGGACAUGCUGGUUCCCUUGAAGAUAAGGUAGCCUUCCUCGAACAUGCCCAUUCGAUCGGUGCCCGAUUUUGGGACACUGCCGACCUGUACUUUGACAGUGAAGAUGCAGUGGGUGAAUGGGUCAAGAGAUCCGGAAACCGCAAUGAUAUCUUCUUGGCUAGCAAAUUUGGAAUUCAAUAUGACGCGGCUAGACAUGUUCAAACACUCCGGUCUGAUCCCGAGUAUGUCAAGGCUGCGUGUGAGAAGAGUUUGAAGAAACUCGCCGUUGAGACCAUUGAUCUUUACUACUGUCACCGCGUCGAUGGUGUGACCCCUAUUGAGAAGACUAUCGAAGCUAUGGUCGAGCUGAAGAACCAAGGCAAGAUCAAGUAUCUCGGACUAUCUGAAUGCUCUGCUUCAACCCUGCGCCGUGCCCAUGCCAUCCACCCCAUCGCGGCCUACCAGGUGGAAUACAGUGCCUUCGCUAUGGAAGUUGAAACGUCCACUGAUAUUCUGGCUACCUGCCGAGAACUUGGCAUCGCUAUCAUUGCAUACAGCCCCGUCGGCCGAGGCAUUCUAACGGGACAGAUCAAAUCCUUCUCCGACAUUCCCGAGACUGAUUUCCGCCGUGCGUUGCCCAAGUACGCAGAUGAGAAUUUCCCGAAGAUUCAGGAAUUGGUUCGGGGAGUCGAAGAUAUUGCCAAUAAUCAUGGCAGCACUGCUGCCCAAGUCGCCAUUGCAUGGCUUCUUGCUCAAGGUUCAGAUAUCAUUCCUAUUCCUGGAACUAAGUCGAUCAAAUACCUUGAUGAGAAUACCCGCUCUGUCUCGCUGCAAUUACCCGAUGUGGAGCUGAAAGAGAUUCGGGCAUUGAUCGCACGGACUGAAGUCUCUGGCACCCGGUAUCCCACGAUGAUGAUGGACAGUAUUUUCGGUGACACUCCACCAUUGUAG